CAAACGUCAGUCGUGAUACGCGGCCCGCUUACACGGUUGUCCAAUCAAUCAUUCCAAAUAACAGAACACAUCUAUUUUGUUUCGAACUUUUUGAACGCAUAUUUAAAAACAAAAAGCCGCAAGUUCUUUUGUUUUUGAACGCACUUCUCACAACAGUCGAGAGGCGGCAUCAUGUCUCGUUCGUUUACAAACUUUUGAACACAUUUUAAGAGUAAUAAAAAGGCGGGAACGACGUUUCUGAAUUUAUUUUGUUUUUGGUUUUGAAUUUUAAUUCGUUUAAUUUAUUGAGUUUGUGUUUGGAUUUCAAUGUUUGAUCGAUGAUCAAAAUGAAGACACUCAGCAUUUCAUUUUUGUUGGCGAUAAUUUCAGCGUUGUUUGUAAAAGAAUGCUUCACUUGCUUCACAUACAAUGAAUUCGUCGGUUCAAAGAUGUGGAAGUCCGGGGACUCGUUCUACAGUGAAUGUGUGUGUGAACAUCCAGUACUUGCCAAGAAAAAUCUCAAAUGGCUAGGCCCUAACGACCAAGAGAUCGUAGAAUCGGGACCAGGAAAAGCAAAAGUGUACACGGAAUGGAAAGGCAAUACUCUUAAUCUUCACAUAGCGAGUCUUAGCAAACCGUUAAGCGGAAUAUACAAAUGUGUAUCAGAGGGAAUGAACAGGCAACGUUAUACUAUAUCGCAAAAAAUUGAAGUUUACGAUCCUUUAUACUUUGUUAAUGCAAAUGCUACCCAAUAUCUGAUAAAAGGUCAGGAUUCGCUUAUAACAUGCGAAGCUAGAGCUGAUAGUAAUCCUGAAAUAACUUGGAGUAAAGGCCAAGAUGAUGAAGAAAUAACGGUCAAUAACAAGUAUGACAUCAUACAAGUGGGUUUGGUAAUAAAAAAUGUUACGGAAGAUGAUGCAGGAACGUAUCGGUGCAAAGCACAAGUUUUAGAUACUGGUGAAAACGUCGACAGAUAUAUCAAAGCUGAGGUGAUGAAGGUUCCUGUAGUGAAAGAAAUUUCUGCAAAUCCCAACAACGUCCUUGUAGAAGGGAAACCACUGACGUUAGACUGUUUAGCAGAUGGACUUCCUCUACCAUCCUAUAUUUGGAGAAAAUUCCCAAAUCAUGCUGGCUCAAUCAAAAAUGUCACGUGGCAUCAAGAUUUCAGUAAAAUUGUAUUUAAGAAUAUAACAGAAGAAGAUCGUGGUGUUUACCAGUGUACUGCACAUAAUAAAGCUGGGGUGACCGCAAAGAAUAUCACUGUAGAGGUUCACACUAAACCAAGGAUAUCAAAGUUUAAAAACAUAACAGUUGCGGAGGGGUCACCUGCGACCAUCAAAUGUGCAGCUACAGGCAGGCCUAGACCUGAUGUCAUCAUACUUUACUAUGGAGAUGAACCGGCGCAGCCAGUAUUUAGAAACAAGAGUUCGGAAAAUUCUAUGGAUAUCGUUUUAACAUUCGACAAAAUCGAAAAGUUCCACGAAAGAAUUUAUUACUGUAACGCAAGUAAUGAAGUUGGUUUCACAGUAGAGAAGAUGUAUUUGAAAGUUCUACAUAAGCCACAUUUUAAGAAUCCUGAAGAAAUGGUAUGGGCAUGGGACGAAAAAACUGUGAACCUAAGUUGCGAACACGAAAGUCAACCUCCUGCCAUAGUGAUGUGGAGUUUUAAAGGAAAUUCAGACUUGGCGCCUGAAGAAAAAAUAAUGGAAGUAAACCAACUAUGGUCAGCUAAAAUAAGCAAGACUACUGAACACUAUAUAAAGUUGAAACCUGUUAAAAACUUCCUCUAUGGAACUUACGAGUGUAUAGCCAAGAACCAUCUCGGAAGUGCCAAGAAAGUAAUACACGUCAAAAAGGGAUUCAUACCACCGCCAAUGGGACAUGUUCAAAUUAGUGAUAUAACAGCAUCGUCAGUCACUUUCGAACUAACUGCUCCCGAGAACACAGGACCACCGGUAAUAGGCUUCAAAGCAGAAUAUGACACAGAGCUAAACUAUAACAUUACCAAUAUCCACUUGAACAGAACUUGGGCCAUAGGAAUCCCGUAUAAAAUUGACAAACUGGAGAAAAUGACCAGAUAUUUCAUAAGAUUCGCGGCGAUAAACGAAGUUGGUACGGGACCUUUAGGGCCUUUCCUGCAAUUUGAUACUCCUGGCAAAUCGGUUCCAGAACCCCCAACGUGGGAGAAUGAAGCGGAUUUAACUGAGGUACCUCUGCAAAAUAAAAUAUUAAAAAUAAAAGCUCCUGAGGAUAAUGGAGACCUUAUAGAUUAUUACGUCAUUAAAUAUUGUCCGGAGGGAACUGAAUCAAAUUGUACAGUAAAAGUAAUCCCACCAACAACAAAUGUAGCAUUAGAUGACCUGAGUGAAAACACGACGUAUCUUCUAGAGAUGGUGGCGCAUAAUUCCGUCGGCAACUCGACGCCUACGCGACUUGAGUUUACCGUUGAAAUGAUGGAAGAUUUAGCUCAACGGAUGACGAUGUCGGCUGGAGAGAUUGUUGGCAUCGCAAUAGCAGUUGUGAUACUAUGCAUCGUACUGUUAGACAUACUACUCCUGGUCACUAGGAAGAAAGGAAUGAUUGCCACUUGUUGUUUUAAGAAAAAUAAGAAGAAGAAAGAAGCAAAUAAACAAUCCAGAGACAAGAAAGGGCUGUUGAAAGACAAUAGCGAAACAACAGAUACACUGAAGAGACCAGACAAUGGACAUAAAGAAUACGAAUAUAAUAAGUCCACGGGAGUCAUAACUGGGAAACACUCGGCUGUAUAGAGGGGAUUGAAGGGAAUGUCGAACUAUGAAUGCAUUGAGGCACACCUCUUUUCAUUAUCUGUGAAGUACAAUAAUAUUAAUUUGCAUUGGAAAAACCCCGUAAUUAAAUUUUGUAAGGAGCAAAGUCGGAUGAUCGAACUAGAUGUGCUGGACGUACGGACUAGAUGGCCAACCUGAAGUUGACCAAGGCCCAUGAACGCCCUACACCGAGGGGGUGCUGGUCGCCGCAACAGGGAAAUAAAAAUGCUUCUUACAAUUCUUGAUACUAAUGAGGAGCGAGGCACCGCAGGAGAGCCCGGAGACGUCGAGUAUGCGCGCGCGAUAGGAACCAACUGACCCGAUUGCUAGGAAAUGACUUCCUUUUAUACAAAUGACGUACCUAUUCCACUCCUGGGUGUGCCUCACUUCUCCGAUUCUUUAUUUUCACUAUCAGUUAGACACAUUUUCUCUUAUAAUUAUUUUUCCAAUAAGAAUAUUCGAACAAAAACUAUCUUAAUUCAAUGAUCCUUAGCUUUCCUAAUCAAUAUACAUCAUAAAUAGUGUUUCUCUUUAAAAAUAUUUCAGUAAUCUAGAAUUUUCAUUACUAUUUGGGGCAAAGUCCCUUAAAAAUGGAUCAUUUUUCCUAUGUAUCUCUCUGGGUUAAUAAAAAACAUGAACAAAAUAAGUUUUAUUAAAAGGUACAUACUUAAAUCUACACGUAACAACAUUAUUUCAGGUGAUAAAAUAUAAAAAACAAUAAUUAUCAAACAAAACCUUACAACUCUAAGUGAAAAUGAUACAAAAAUAACCCAAAAACAAAACUUAAUCAAAAUCAUUUUCCUCCAAUCACAAGUUCUAUAGUCUGUCCUGCUCUUUAAGUCCUUUUUUAUCACAAUUCUUUGUCCUUAUUUCGCAUUGCGUCUCGCUCUAACACAUACUAAAUGAAGAUAACAUGAUUUCCUAACAAAUUUUCACUUUUAAUUGUUUAUUCACAUAAAUUACACCAUAAUGUCUUUCACAAAAAAUAAAAAAGUCAAUCAUCGCGAACAUUUCUCCCGCCGUGCAGAGUCCGGAUUCGUCGGGGCUCUGCAGUCUUCUUCUGCGUGAGCGAUCAUUUUGGUAGCAAUACCAACUUCUUAACCGGACUUUUUAGAAGUCCACCGGCUGUGCGGACCUCUACUGUGCGUACGACGUUGUCAGCGCCCGGGUAGACUGCAACCACGAGGCCUCGCGGCCACGUGUUGCGCGGAAGCUGUCCAUCUACUAUCAGGACUGGGUCCCCGAGUUGUAUGGAAGGACCCCGGCCAUGUGGCUCCCGCCGGUAUUGUAGCUCUGGCAAAUAUUCUUUUAGCCACCUCUUCCAAAAUAGAUCGGCUAAGUAUUGAGCUCUCCUCCAUUGUAGUUGAUGGUCUAUAUCCUUUUCGGUGAAAGUCCCGGGCAGUGGGACACGAGCAGAACCACCCAACAGGAAGUGGUUAGGUGUGAUGGCUUCGUCAUCUGUGGCUUCUACCGACACAUGCGUGAGAGGUCGGCUAUUCACGGAGUACUCUACCUCACAGAGCAGAGUAGCGAGGACCUCUU